UUUGAGCUCCACUCCCCAGGUGAUGUGAUGGCAAUAUUGACAUCUUGCGGAGUGAUAUACGGAGGACGUUAUGUCUGGUGGCAGUUUGCCAGGGCUGUGGCUCUGCUCAUGACAGUCCUGGCUGGGGCCAUGCCCGGCUGGAGUUAUGACAGUGUCACGGGUACCAGAGUCGGUCUGUAUCACACCUGCAUGAGAGCUAUCUGCACUACUACUUUUGAUGCAACCACCACACUUGAAGUCAGUAAAGCACUAGUGAUAGUAAACGGUGUUCUGGCUGUGCUAGGGCCAGCUGUUAUCACAAUCAACUUACUCUUGUUGACCCUUGAUAUCGGAGCCAAGGGCAGGAUCAAUGGGGACAAAUACAAAACUUUCAUCAUCCUCAGAAACCGAGGCACAUUUUUUCCCCAGUUCUUCGACUUCUUCACCUUCAUGGAGGUACCAAUAGUGUUUGCCAACCUGAUCGUUUACAUCGUAGUCCACAUGCUUUACUACAGCAGCGCGAAUUACAUAUUUUUCGUGUGUUUCUGGGUAUACCUGGUGGCCCUGCUCCUCCUUGUGAUUGUAGAUCUCCACAUCCUGAUCAUCAAGUGUCUCCACAAACGACGUGUGACACCUCCCGAGAACAUCUGGAAUCCAGGUCUCCUGGAAAACCCCGACCUGUACGCUAAAGGUGGAUGGGACCUUGUUAUUUCUAACGACAUUUAGGAAGCUGGAUAAACAAAGAAGACCUGUGGUGCGGGACCGGUGAUUAUCCGGCGGCCUGAACUGCAACUCAAACUAACUCAAACAAUCUACAACAAAAUCUACACUAAUGCCCAAA